CUUGAAAAAAAUCAAAAUUCAAAAACCUCAUAUCUGCUUCUCAACUUGAAUUCCCCAAAUGUAUCUGAAAACGGUCGGUCGUUGCCUCUCCCUGUCUCACAUUUUGAAAAACCCUAGACUACUGCAUCAUCAGUACAAGAUCAACGACCUGUCGGUGGUUUUUACUCGUCUUCUUCUUCUACUAUCUCUUUCUUUCCUACAAAUUCUUACUCUCAAAGAAACACUAUGCAGAUUUAGGAUUAGAUCUGUCAAACUCGUGGAGCUUUGGGGGACGAAAGAUAGUGACGGUGGUGGUGAUUUGGUUACAGCCUUCUAUACGGCGGUGGUCCUUCAGAGCCGCGAAAACAUCGUCAACAACGGUUCCAAGGUUAAAACAAUGAGGAAGACCAUGACAGAAAACCCUAGCCAUCGCCUCCUGCGAUGGCGGCUAGGUUCCGGUGAAGACUCCGACGAAGCUUCAGCUAGUUGUAGCCUUUAUUUAAAGCCGAAGGUGGGAUGUCUUUUUUGUUUGCAGCAGGAGCAGGACACUAUGAAUAAUACUUCAAGGGUUGUGCAGGUUUAAAUCCUAGGACGAACAAGACAUGGGUUGAUUAGUGAUGAUGAAGAUAUUUGGAUUUGGAGCCUGGUAUAAAUAUAUAUUUUUUUUUAUAUAAUUGACCCGUUCACUUGUGAAUGGGUUGCUUCUCGCUCCAAGUCAUUCAUCAAAAAAUUUCUAUAUUUUCGGAUUUCUACACAAAAGUUACAGGUAUGAAACCCUAAUUUAAGUAUAAACGAGCUUUUCGUUGGCUUUGAUGAACUUUAUAAACUUACCCUAAUGUUGCUUGCUUCCUUGAUGUGCCUUUAAAUUCAGUAUGCAUUCUCUCGAUUACUCUUUGGUAUGAUUAAACUGAGCAUGCACUUGUAUUAA